AACUUAAAUUAGAAAAAAAAUAAAAAUCCCGGGCGUAGCCCGGGUUAAUCCCUAGUCAUAUUUCUAAAAACACACUUUGCAAAGACCGUAUGAAAACAUGUCAUUAUAUUAGUGAUCUCCUUAUUAAAAAUAUUGUUUUAUAUUGUUAAGCAUCUUGUGUAAAGUUCUAGACCGUUGGAUAUGUUCUUAUAAUACAUUUUUUUUGUGCAACACUCUUUUAAUACAUAUAGAAAGAAAUAAGAGUCAUUUAGGUGAAUAUACAAAACAUAACCGGUAAUUGCAAAAUUAUGCAUAAUUUAAAAGUAUUUGCACAUAUGGUUAUUUGUUAAGCAUGAUCAGAUAAUAUUACCCUAAACACCAAAUGAUAAAGCUACGCUAUAAACAUGUGUAACAACAACACCUAUUGUGCAAAAUAUACAAACGAUGAACAAAAAGUCUUGCAAAAAAACAAAAGUGAUUAAACACAUCUGAUCAUCAAACACGAUGAACCACAACAUGAAAAUGCAGCUCUUACAGAACUGAAGUAUAUAUGAAGAGAUAAGUUAGUUUUUAAAAAGCAUGGUUUCUUACAUUCUAACUACUAUUCUUUGCCUUAUUUUCAUACGUAAAAGUAUAAUUACGAAGGAACGUGUAUGUAAGAUAGAUUGUAUCUUCUAUCAGAACUAGAAGUAAAAUAGGAAUAAGGACAUUUUGGGAUUAUGAAAUAUCAAACAGUGUUUUUCCAUAUAGGGUAACUAAUUUAGGUUUGUUUCAUAGGUAUCUAGUGCAAAUACCCAAGAAAUAAACAACAAAGUAAUUAAUAUAUAUAUAUAUAUAUAGUAUGAAUUUUUUGAACUAGCUUUUUUCAGUCUACCAAAUCUAAUACUCUGUAUGAUCAAGUCCUUAUACUUCCAUGCUCCCUUCGUAUUAUUGAUUUAAUUAUGGAUGACAAUGAGAGCUUUGUAUGUGUCAUAUCUGAUACUUUUUCACUAUAUUUAACGUGCAAAUCAUAUAAGCACUUCAAGAAAAAAUCACAGAAGUACUUUGUUUAGUGUGUCUAUAUAUCGACAUUUUAAAUUCACUAAUGUUUCUGUCAAAGUUCAGUUUGUAUUCAGACGGCAUAUCGACUAGGAUCAGUUAAGCCAUGCAAACAGAAGAAGGAAAAUAUCCCAUAUGUAACUAUCUCAGAACUCCUCACUAACUGGGUAACACAAAUCUGUUUAUUUGUCCAUUGGUAUGGCUGUCCUGUGAAGAACCUCCAAACACAUAAUGGCGUUUUCACAAUAAUGAUAAUUGUUAGUAUUAUAGUAUUAUGUACGUACGGUGGUAAAAAUUAUAGUGUCAUUAGCAUUUCCGUAAUUGGUAUAGUGUAUAUAUGGGGAUUGUACUCUUGCCAUAGUUGUGACGGCAUGCGUACGUACCAUAGUUGUUCAUGACAACGAUUUAAUAUUUUGUGGAAAUGUUGUUAUAGUAUUAGAUAGCGACUGCGUAUAAUAAUUCAAACUUAUCACAUAAUAUGCAUGUCGUGUGAUCAAAUGAAUGGUUUUACCAAAAAAAAAAUGAAUGGCGUGCAAAAUGUAAACUACUCCUAAUGGAGAAAAAGUGUAAUUUUGUCUGAUUAAAACGGUGGUUAGUUCUGGUUACUGAAAGUGACAAUUGCAUUCCGAAUCAUUCAAGCUCGAUCUAGCAAUCGUGGUUUAACGGAAAUUGAAGGAGAUCUAUGGUAAUAUACUAAUAUGUAUUAUAAUUUUGGUCAUACCUCUUUGAACAUCGAAUAUUCGAUUUAAUCGUAUAAAUAUAAACUUCGUUUUGCAUUGAUCAUAUCGUAACAGUAACGUCCACCAGAUGUAUCGCGUGUGAAUGUAAAAGGCUUUGGGAUUCGAUGGGUCACAUACAGACAAACGUCUUUAAGAACGCAGUCGUUCUAGAAUUCGCGGCCAUGACCAUUGACAUUUACCAUUUUUUCUGAUACUAAUUAUUGGAAAAGGUAAACGAUAUGAUAUUAUCUUUAUGAAACCUUAAAAUGUCAAAACUGUGGUAGCUCGUAGCUGUGAAAGAAUCAUUUUCAAUUUUAUUAGGGGGUUGACAAUAGAGGAUCGGAUCACUUCGAAUGUCGCCAUUUCCACUUGUGUUUCAGAAAAAAAGAGAGGUAGAUUGGGUUCUAAACAUCAAAAUUAAAAUGACUUCCAAAUUUUAGCAAAAAAUAAAAUAAAUUAAAAUGACUUAGAAUAGGAAUCUAAAGUUUUAAUUCGGGUAGUAUUGAAUCGAGAUUUAUUAUCACGAUUAACGUUAUACAAAUUAAAUGAUGAGAAAGUCUUAUGUUAGUUUUUUUUGUGAAGUAUGUGACUUUUCAUUAGAAACUAAUGACACAAGGGAUACAAAGGUUCUGCAGAAUCAAAUCCUACCAUCUAAGAAGCUUUUCAAAGCAGGGUGCCAAAAGAUCAACAAAUUUUUUUUAGUUGAGUUGGUAAGUCUUGUGUUAGUUUAUAAGUCCUAUGUUAGUUUGUAAGUCUUCUGUUAGUUACCAACUAAAAUCCAUUUUUAUAAAUUUUUAUCUGGUCGACGAGAUGAUAUAAAUUAUUUAUUUUAAAUUAAAGAUCGUUAGAUGCAUACAAAUGAGGCAUAUAUAUGUUCAUUAGAAACUUUUAUAAUUUCUACCGUCUAAGUUUUUUCUUGAUCAACCGUCUAAAUUGAACAAUUAUAUGUACGAACUCAUACGUUAUAGAAGAUUCCCAUACUGCCCCCAAAGAUAUACAAAAAUGUACUUUACGUAGAAAAUAUCUUCUUCUUUAGCAAUGAAGUCAAUCAACACGAAUAAGACCAGCUGUAAAUAGUUUGAGAGACAGAGUCGUUGAUAGGUUGUGUUCAAUAAACUUUUAAAACGAAAACGCAUUGCAACAAUAGAGAAAAAAAGUUUUGCAACUUGCUUUUUUUGUAUUCUUUUGCCGUUUGCAACUUGCUUGAUUUGUACGAGUAGACGAUUUUAACAAAGAAAAAUAUCAGAGGCCCAUCAAACUUUGGAAAACUUUCUAUCGUUCAUGGGCAGUCAGAAAAGUCAACAUCUGGAAGAAAACGUUUUUUGCUCUCUCACAUGUCAAAAUAUCAUAAACUUAUAAACCAAGUAAUAAAAACCAAUACCGCUUGGAGAAUAGUAUUUACCGUUAUUAUGCACCGUGUGAAGAUGAUCAGCCGCCAACAUAGACACACACGCUUUGUCUUGUUUCUUCUAUUACUAUGAAUUGUCGAACCCACUUCUUAGAAAAAACUCGAAUCUUUGUACGGACGCAUCUCAUGUUACAAGUAUUUUCACAUUGCCAAACCAAUAUUAAUAUGCAUUACGUUUAAACUUAAUACUUUUGAAUAGUUGUUGCUGUUGUCGUUGUUAAUGAGCUUCAUAUGUACGUUUUCUUUAGUACUACUUUUAAUCCUACUAUAUAAAAGGAACUAAUUUGAAAGCUCCUAAACUAUGCCACAUAAGCAUAAAUAUUCUCAUCCAACCAAACUUACAAGUCAGCUACUCUUUUACUUUUUAGUGUAUUAUAAUUCUCAACCAAAUAUUAAGAGCAAAGCCACCUCCUGCCAUUCUGAAUCUCCGUCAUAACGUUCCUCCACCAUUAAACCCCUAAAUUGCUAUAAAUUUCCUAUGGAAACCUACCUCUUCAAAUAUUCUCCCUCUCUUUGUCUCCUCCACAUUAAGCUAAUUAAUGGGAAACAUCUCAACAACGUCAGAAUAUUAAGAACAUGGACGGAUCAACUCUUCAGCGAGAUUUGAUUCACCUAUAACUUAGAGAUCAGACACUUACGGUUACAUGUUCUCGCAGUUGGGAUGCUUGAAAUUCUUCUCAACAAGUUGGCCUCAGGUAUUACUGUUAAAGGCAGCAGUAACAAUCUGGUUCCCUCUCGUAUUACAAACUUUCCCAGCUGUCUACCUUUCUUAAUAUUUUAAUACUUCUAAAAUAAUAUUUUCUUUUGUCCAAAUAAAGAAAGUAAUAUUUUCUCUACUUCAGUCUUCAGACUUGAUUAACGAAUCCAUGAUUCUGAAUUUGUUGUUCUUAAUUCACAUAAGUAAUUUCAGGAUGGAAAACAUGUGGCUUCUACAAAUGGCAUAUUACCGUUUUCCAGAUAACAAAAUAAUGAACUAGAGCAUUUUUUUUGUGGCAAAAAAGAUAUAUGAUUUCUCUAUUUUGCUUCUAUAUGGUGUUUUUUAGCUAGACGUUUUUUAGGAUAUGUUCAGUUAUUUAUGAAAUUCAGCUUAAUUUUUCUUUUUUUUCUCAGUUUGGUACGGUUCAGUACACCCGAACGUGAAAUGGUAUAAACUUAAUGCCGGCAAACCGACGUGAGAAGCUUCCAAAAGAGGAAUAAAUUGCUAUCCUAAGCCUCAUAGCAAACGACACCAGUCAACUUUUUUAAAAUUUACGUUACAGCUUUCUACGUCAAUUAAAUAGGCACACUCAAAUACUAUUUUCUCUUACGAAUAUUAAAUUCAUCAACAUAAUUUAUUAUUCAAACUUACUUUGGUUUAUAAAAAAAAGUGAUCACCGCUUCCAACGUCUUCGCAUUAUAAAAGAAACAAAACUUAACUUACACUUUCAGAAACUUUAAAACUCCCAAUUUUAAUUAAACUGUUCUUUAACUAACAUGUAAUCCGCGCGAAGCGCGGACAGGGGCUCUAGUUCAUAAUAACAAAUGAUUGUCUAGUUAACAGUUUGAAGAGUUCAUAUUUGAAAUGAUUAAAAGAUUUUAAAAACUCGAUGUAACUAAGUUUCAGAAUUAAGAUAAUCAUGCAGUAAGCCUAACAAAAUUAAGAUAAAAAUGAUGAACAAAUUGUAAGAAAAUUAGAUAAACGAGCCUUAUACUCUUCUGGUAUCUUAUUAGAACAGAAAGUGUGAAAAUGUAUAGUCAAUCAAUAAUCAUUCAGUUUGUAGCUAACUGUACAUCAAUUUAAUCUGUUUAUUAUUCGAAUUAGUUUUAUAUAUAACCAUAACAGCAUAAAACCUAAUACACACAAGAGCAUCUCCAAUUUCAUUUUUUUUUACUGUAAAAUUGAAUUUGAAGUAAAAUUUUCUCUAUUGUUAUUUUAUUUUAUAUUCUUACGUAGUAAUAAAUGAAUUUAUUCUAUAAAUGAAAUAAUGCAAUUAUUUUUGGUUUAUCACAAAUGUAUAAUGUAUUACUAUUCCAUUUCAAAAUGAAGUAAAAUUUGAACAUUGCCUUGUAACCGUCCACUCUUCAAAUCAACAAAGCAAAAAAAAUUCUUUAAAGCCAUUUAAAAUGUUGAUUUUUAAACAAAAGAGAAUCCAUAAGAAGUGUUGAUUACGCAGUCUUAAUUUUAACUAGAGAUUUUGUCCGGGCUACGUCCGGGGUUAUAUACAAAUAAUAUAUAUUUUAUAUGUAUACAAUAUAUUACAUCUAUGUUAUAAAAUAUAAAUAAUAAAUUUAAUUAAAAUGAGUAAAACUUACAAUUUGUUGUCUUCUACUAUCUAAAAUAUGUAUGGAAUAGUGAACAAUGUGAAAUUAAUAAAAAAAAUUUAAACCUAAGUUAUUCUCAAAAAUAUUUUUACAUAUUUAGUUUAUUAUAAAAUAUAUUAUUAAUCUCAACAUCACAUAUUUUUGUUAUAUGUGUUAUUUAUAUCAUGUGUAUGUUUUUAUAAGUCUCUUAUUUAAUAUUUUAUAAUAUUCACUGAAAAUAUGUGAUAUUGAGAUUAAUAAUAUAUUUUAUAAUAAACUAAGUAUGUAAAACAUAUUAUAAAAUAUAUUAUUAAUCUCAGCAUCACAUAUUUUUAUAUAUCUAUAUUAUAUAUUUUUUCUUAUGAUUAGAAUCUGUUUUUUUUUAAUUAUAAUUAGUAAAGCUGAUUUAAAUACUAAUUGAUUUAAAUAAAAAAACAUUUAAAAAUGUUUAUUAUAAAAUAUUUAGUUUUAUAUAUUUAUUUAAAUAAAACAACAUUUAAAUGUUUAUGUUUUACAUAUUUAGUUUAUUAUAAAUAUUUGAUGCAACGAUUUGAGAAUUAAUAUUUGAUGUUUAUUGUUUAUUUAUAAAACACGGAGAAAACAAUAUAAAGUUAUGUUAGUCAGUAAAAGAUCAUACCUACUUGUUGAAGAGCUGCAGUUCAAAGCCAAUACGGAGCUCCCUGUUUCUUGACUUCCAUAAGUGGAAUAAACUGAAGCGUAACUCUGAGUCAGAGAGGCUUGGUGUGAUGGCGUUGAAAAAUAGAGCCGCCGGAGACUUGGCUAGAGAUUUUGCCGGUUGAGUUUGCCUUGCAGGAGGACGUUUUAUGGAUGUUGUUGAAUGAGCUUGGAGGUCGGAAAGGCCUUUAUAUAGGAGGAGAGACAUGGGGAGUUAGAACGAUCAUAUCAAUUAAACUUAAAGGAGUUAAAGGAAUGUAAAAGAAAAUUGAUAGAAAAAACAGGAAUGGAGCCGUAUAUAAAGGAGGAAAAAAGGAGCUGAAUUGAAACCAUAAAGAAGUAGUAUUGAUGGAUCGAUUAAAACUCAGUCGAAAUGAUUUAAGGGGAAAAGCCGAAGUGGCAGAGGAGAAGAGAGAAGACGAAGUGGUAGAGGAGGCGAGAAGAGACACGCGACUUCAGCUCCGCGUCGUAGACCUAGGUCUAAUUAUUAGAUGAUCUAAAAGCUCAAUCCCAAAUCAAAAGAAGCUCACACAUAAGUCAAUUGAGAAAAAAAUUUAAGCCCAGUCCGAAAACGAAAUGUUCUGAUUGGAUGAUUAUUUAUGCUGACGUGGACAUGCUAGAAUUGGAGAUUAUUCCCUUUUAGUAUAGUAUAGAUUAUGGUCAAUAUGGUCUCAUGUGAAAACUGGCGUUCAGGGUAUGUGACGGUCACGUCUCAAGUCUCAAAGCCACGCGUCAGUAACCCACGUCGUCCGCUCACCAACUUUUACUCCUUCAGCUUCUCUAUAUAUAAUCCCAACCAAACUUCCUCUUCGUCUUCUUUUAUUUUUAAAAAUCUCACCAAUUUCAAACUUUUUUUCCCCUCAAAAUUUUCCCCCACACGACAACGAAAUUAAAACUCUUUAAAGAAAACACAAACCCCACAACAACUCCAUUUAUAGCUUUCUUCAUUUCUUUGUCUAAUCAAGAAAAUAUGGUUAUAGCUGCUGCAGAAACCAGUGGUACUCAUCACCGGAGACCCACUUUCGCUGCUUUCUUAAACACCGACGAAGAAGAACAGAGUCAUGCUACUGAUGUCAUCGAUCCUACCAGCACCAGCGUCAAUAACCAACAACUUCAAAGCUAUGCUUCGACCACGAGCGGCGAAUCGUCUCCAAACCAGGUCCCAUCUCCAUGGAAUCAGACAUACUCUCCGUACUACACCGACACAACAACGACGCCGACCAUGUCUCCAUCUCCAUGGAGCCAGACUUACUCUCCGUAUUACAAGUCUCCUUGGAUCUACCAAACGACCCCAAACGUAGAUGAUGAUUCAGACAACGGUUUGGUCGGUACGAUCGUGAGACAAGAAGGUCAUGUCUACUCGUUGGCUGCUUCAGGAGAUCUUCUAUUCACCGGAUCCGAUUCCAAGAACGUUCGGGUCUGGAAAGAUCUCAAGGACUUCGCCGGUUUUAAAUCAACCAGUGGUUCAGUUAAAGCGAUUGUGAUAACCGGAAAUAACCGGAUUUUCACCGGUCAUCAAGACGGUAAAAUCCGAAUUUGGAGAGGGUCUAAGAAAAGAACCGGAGUAUAUUCACGAAUCGGGAGCUUACCGAGUACGAAGGAGUUUCUGACCAAAUCGGUUAACCCGAAGAACUACGUCCAGGUUCGUCGCCACAAAAACGUUCUCAAGAUACGACACUACGACGCCGUUUCGUGUCUAAGCCUGAACGAAGAGCUCGGUUUACUCUACUCCGGUUCGUGGGACAAGACUCUCAAAGUCUGGAGACUCUCAGACUCGAAAUGCCUAGAAUCGAUUCAGGCUCACGACGACGCCGUCAACACCGUCGCCGCCGGGUUCGACGACUUGGUGUUCACCGGCUCAGCCGACGGAACUUUGAAAGUGUGGAAACGCGAGCUUCAAGGGAAAAGGACGAAGCAUUUUCUCGCAAACGUGUUGAUGAAGCAAGAGAACGCUGUGACGGCGUUAGCGGUUAACUUAACGGCGUGUGUUGUUUACUGUGGAACUUCAGACGGUUCCGUUAAUUUCUGGGAAGGGAAGAAGUAUCUUUCUCACGGCGGGAUUCUCCGCGGCCAUCGUAUGGCGGUGCUCUGCCUCGCCGCCGCCGGGAGUCUGGUGCUGAGCGGCGGAGCGGAUAAGAAUAUAUGUGUAUGGAGGAGGAACGGCGAUGGGACGCACACGUGUCUCUCGGUGUUGAUGGACCACGUGGGACCCGUCAAGUGUUUGACGGCGGUGGAAGAGGCGGAGAAAGAUGGCAACGAGGUAAGAUGGAUAGUGUAUAGUGGAAGCUUGGAUAAAUCGGUGAAGGUGUGGCGCGUGACGGAGACUACGCCUCCGGUGAUUGGCUGAGAUGCGUCGAGGAGGAAGAGAGGUUACGCGCAGUCUUAGCGCGUGGGAUGAGACUACGGAAAAAGAGAAUGUUCCGCCGGAUAUGUUGUUCGUGUCUUUGUGGUCAAGACAAGUUUUAUGGCCGGCAAAAGGAAGCAGAUCUUAAGACAAAUAAAGGACUGCCACGUCAUGAAAGUAUCUAAAAGGUUUAGAAUGUUUUUUUCUAUUUUAUUCGUUGCUUCAUUGUAAACUGUACAUAUUUGAAUUACGUUUGAUAAAGAUUAAAGAAACAUAAAAGGUGGGAAUGAUUCUGAUAUGUUCAGAGAAAGGGCAACUAACCUGUAUAUUAUUUCAUUGUUUUAAUAUCAAAGUUAUUUGUAUU